UUGUCAUAAACAUUACUUUUUGCUUCUCUGUAUUUUCACAAAUUACGUGAAUAUUUCAAAUUUUUGCAUUUUAUUUUUUUUUACUUCUUAUUACACAGAAUUGUGGGCUUUUUCAAUUCUAUAUGAAUGUGAUAUUUCUUAUUCACGAUUACCGUUAAAUAUAUAUAUAACCUGAAAUCUAAUAUAGCGACAAUACAAUGCGAUUUUAAUUUCUAUCCUAAAAGACCGGUAACCUCAAUUGGGUUAUAUAAAAAUGAGUGAAACCUCCUGCUAUAUCCUCGACAAUGGUGCGUACACCGUCAAAGUGGGUCUCUCUUCGGCAGAGCCGAAGAUUGUACCAAACUGCAUAAUGAAAGCAAAGUCUGAACGGCGCCGUCCGUUCAUCGGCUCCCAAAUUGAUGAAUGCCGCGAUGCUUCCGGUCUUUUCUAUAUACUACCCUUUCAGAAAGGUUUCCUAAUUAAUUGGGACACGCAGAAAACUGUUUGGGACUAUAUAUUCAGCAAGGAGUGCUGUCCAGUAAACUUCAAUGAAACAGCAUUGAUUAUUACUGAACCUUUGUACAAUUUCGCGUCAAUACAAGAAGCUAUGACGGAAAUAUUCUUUGAGGAGUACGAAUGCCAGUCAUUAUUGAGGAUUAAUGCAACUGAUUUAGCUGAAUACCAUUAUAGAAAGAAACAGAAUAAUCAAUGCACCGUUGUGGUGGAUUCGGGGUAUAGUUAUACAUAUAUUGUCCCGUAUAUAAAGGGCAAGAAGUACAGAGAAGGUAUAAGAAGGAUAGAUGUCGGUGGCAAGGUGUUGACGAAUCAUUUGAAAGAGAUAUUGUCAUAUAGACAGUUGAAUGUUAUGGACGAGACGUAUGUUAUAAACCAAGUGAAGGAGGACUCCUGUUUUGUGUCCCAAAAUUUUAUGGGCGACAUGGAGAUUGCUAAGAAGAAGGUCUCGGAAAACACAAUAGUCAAGGAUUAUGUUUUACCCGAUUACACAACGAUCCGGCGUGGCUACCUCCGCGACGUCGUCAAACCCGACGAAGACCUAGAACAGCAGACUCUACGAUUGACCAACGAAAGAUUCUCAAUACCCGAACUCCUCUUCCACCCAUCGGACGUCGGCAUCCCACAAAUGGGCAUCCCCGAAGCUAUAAUACACUCGAUCAAUUCUUGCCCAGAAGAAAAUAAGGAGAAUCUCCUAGAAAAUAUUCUUCUCUACGGUGGCAACACUCUAUUUCCUGGUUUCCGUGAUAGAGUAUACAAUGAGGUACGCUCAAUGGCGUUGGACCACUUCGACGUAAAUGUUACACUCGCUGAAAACCCAAUAACUUAUCCAUGGGAAGGUGGGAAACUGAUCUUUAGAGAUCCCGAGUUCUAUUCCUUCUGUAUGACGAAAGAAGAGUAUGAGGAGGAAGGGAAAACGUUGGCCUUCGAACGCUUUGACAUAUAACGACGCAAACGAGCGAGGUUGUCCUCGGAGUAAUCUGAAAUGGACCCUCGCUCGGUAAACGAUUACAGUAUUGGACUUGGUGAAACUGUUUUUAGAAUACAGACUGUAAAAGAACUCUUUAAAGAAGAUUCUUUAUUGUAUUUUUUUUUUAUAAUUAAUGAUAAGACAGUUAUUAGUAAUGCGGGCUACCAGUCGCAUUGCUAGCAAUGUGACCUGUCAGGUCCCGCCAGCACUAUCCGUAUACGCUGGCGGGGCACCAGUGAGGGAUGAUAAAUGAGGAUGAAACAGGUCAGUUGGCCCUUAGUGACGAAUUCAUACAGAAUAUAACCAAGAUGGUUUCCAGGGGGAACCGCGUGUAGGUCGACCUGAUAACGUGUAUUGUUAGCAAUGGGGCUGUUCGAUCCCUAUCACUAAAAAUCACUUUUCCCCAAUAAUAGGAAUAAAAUAUAGCAAUAAGUUUGAUAUAUUAUUAAGUAUUACUAAUGAAUUCAAUCUCUUGUCUAUUAUGGGUACUGAGUGCAUACUGGGUACAGAGGAAUAACAGCUGAGUCCUCAGGAAUGGCAACGCAUACAUGGGCUAAGCAAUAUACUCUGUUAUGUAAAUGGUACUGCUCAUGUCUAUAGGCGACGGUUACCACUUACCAUCAGGUGGGCCGUCAGCUUGUUUGCCAUUCUAAGUUGUAUAAAAAAAAAAAAAAGAUAAAUUUUCACUGUCUUUAGACAGGAAAAACUCCGCUCACCACUAUAGUUGGCGACCGCUCUCGAUGCGCACAUUCUUAUAGCUAUGUCAAUGUUUGGAUAAAUUAUAUAAAUAUCUUUUAUAAUGUGUAAGUAGAUGCAGAUAUACUUAUUAUAAUAAAAAAAUGGUGGUA